CUUGUUAUUACCCAUCCUCACCACACCUUUCACUGUCUGCAUGAGAUUGAGGGGUUGUUUCUGAGAGAGAGAGAGAGAAAGAGAGAGAGAGAGAGAGAGCUAGGGUUCUUAAAGCCCUGCCUUUGUUUUGAGUGAGGGGGAACAUUCUUUUUGUUUAUUUGACAGAUACCAUGACAAUAAUAAACAGUCAACACCCAUUGGCAUUUACCUUUGGCAUCGUAGGUAACAUUAUCUCAGUCAUGGUAUACUUGGCUCCAGCGCCAACAUUUUAUCGAAUUUUGAGAAAAAAAUCAACCGAAGGUUUCCAAUCGCUUCCUUAUGUGGUGGCAUUGUUCAGUGCCAUGCUUUGGUUGUACUACGCAUUACUCAAAGAAGAUGCUGUACUUCUCAUCACCAUCAACCUAUUUGGAUGUGUCAUAGAGAUUAUCUACAUCAGCAUGUUCAUUACUUACGCGCCAAAGGCUCCCAGGAAGUUGAUUCUCAAAAUGUUUGCUUCUAUGAACCUGGGAUUGUUCUCCUUGAUCGUUCUUACUUCACACUUUCUAGUGAAAAACUCAUACCGUGUCCAAGUUCUGGGAUGGAUAUGUGUUGUAGUUUCCGUGGCUGUAUUUGCAGCACCCUUGAGCAUUGUGGCACAGGUAAUUCGAACUAGGAGUGUUGAGUUUAUGCCGUUUAGUUUGUCACUUUUCCUCACAUUGAGUGCCAUGAUGUGGUUUGCUUAUGGUCUGUUUCUGAAGGACAUCUGCGUUGCGCUCCCAAACAUCCUGGGUUUCGUGUUGGGGCUGCUACAGAUGCUGCUGUACACAAUAUACAGGAACACCAAGAAGGUUAUAGAUCAGGAGAAAGAAGUACCGGAGCAGACUAAAGAUAUUGUACUGAUAUUUAGCACGCUAGGGAGUUCUGAAGUUUAUCCGGUGGAUGCUCAGCCAGAUGCCAGUGGCGGUGGGGAUGAUGCGAACAAAGAUGCAAAGAAGCCUGAACAAACAGAGGACCAUCAGAAAAGCAAGGAAACCGGCCCCGGCCAUGACCUCAAAGCAAUUGAAAACGCAGUGUAAUUCGCAUCUAGUCAUGUCAUGGAACUUGUUUAGAGCACAGCACUGCUCUUCUCAAAAGUGCCUUUCUAUGUCUGCCUCACGCUGCAGUUUUUGUUUUCCUCUCUCUCUCUCUCUCUCUAGUGUACGGCACGUGAUUUCUAUCUUAUGUAUGAAUCAAACGAAUAAUGUUCAUCGUUGUUGAUCUUAUUCCA